CUUGUUUGUCUGCAAAAAAUGCAAAUCAAACGUAUAUUUGUUGAAAAAUCUCUAUAAACUCAUAAAUAUUUAAAAGAAAAUCUAUAAAGUAUUAAUAAAAACUUAAAAAAGUAAUGGAAUAUAUAAAGAUAUAAGCAUUUUUGAUGUAAACGAAGGAAUUAAUUUAGGCUUUAAAGUGUUUUAAAAUACAUAUACAACAAAGACUUGUUUUUUCUACAUUGAACAUUGUUGGCUUGAAGGGAAGCCUUAAAAUUUUGUGGAAACAUCAGCAGCCAACAUGUCGGCUCCGGAAAUUGAAGUUGUUAAUAUUAAUAAUUUCGAGAAAAUACAAAACUUUCUAAAUGAUUCUGCCUACAAGGAAAUAUUGGAAAAUAGUGAAAACUACAAUACUCGUCUGUGUAUAGAACGUCGUUUGCGUAUGCCAUUUUUAGAUCCGCAGACAGGCGUUGCACAGACCCACUGCGCCCUGUUUGUAAAGCAAAAACAGCGUAUGCCUGGUUUUCGUGAGGGACAGAUCUAUACAUAUCCCUCAAAUCGCUGGCGUAAGCCAAAACGACAAUAUUUACUCAAUCACCAUCACAGUUAUCGCCACUAUCAGUAUCGGGAAUCGAAUAACCAUCAUCAUCAUCACUACACAGCCUCAACGGGAGCUGGAACAUCAGGACGUGAUCACAAUGAAAAUGCAGCUUUAACUGCCGAUGGCAAUUCGAUGAGUGCCUCUGGCGAUAAUGAUAGCAAAGAUUCUCAUGCCAAUGCCGAAAAGGAUGGAUGGUUUCAUGAGGAUAUGGAAAUGUCCUAUCACCAUCAUGUAGAUGACUUUGAAGAUGAUUUUGAGUCUGACAAUGAUUUCGAUGAAUCGUAUAGUACAAGAGGAAAACGUAAACGUGGUGGAGGUGGUACACGUUGGCGUAAAGGUAACACAUCUGUUGAUGGUACCCCAAAAAGAGGACGUAAAGGCGGUGGCACUCGUCGCCGUGGUGGUUCUAAUGCUGAUGGUGAUGGUACUGGUGAACCUACACGACGUCGUCGUGGUGGAGGUGCUGGUUCUAGUUCAGCUGCAGGAAGUACUAGUGCUGCGGCUGUUGCUGCUGCUGCCGCGGUAGCUGCGGCUGCUAGUGCUGCUGCAACCAGUAUAAACCAUUCCAACUCGGCCUCACCCAUAACAAAUACCGAUGAUUCCUCUCAGCCAGGUUUAACAUUACCAUCAAGCAACAAUCCCCCAAUUGCAACAGCCACAACAUCCACUUCAAUACCACCACAAAUUGACAAUUCUUCAUCGAGUCAUGCAACAGACGCCUCAAUGGGAUUACCAACCGAUAGUAAUUCGUCUGGUGCUGUGGCAGCACCACCAGCGGCCGCAGCUGCUGCAGCAGCCGUUGUAGCAGCUGCUGCUGCAACAGCUACCACAACAGCUACUGCCAGCACAUCAGCGGCACCGCCGGCAGCAAGUACUGCUAGCCCCCAAAAGACUGGUGCCAAGACUAAAGUUCGUUCCAAUGAUCGUGAAGUUGCACAGCCCUCUCCCUAUUGCGAUUUCUGUUUGGGCGAUCAGCGUGAGAAUAAGAAAACCAAUUUACCCGAAAUAUUGGUAUCAUGCUCUGACUGUGGCCGUUCCGGUCAUCCUUCAUGUUUGCAAUUCACUCCGAAUAUGAUAAUAUCGGUUAAACGUUAUCGCUGGCAGUGUAUUGAGUGCAAAUAUUGCUCCAUUUGUGGUACUUCCGAUAAUGAUGAUCAAUUAUUGUUCUGUGACGAUUGUGAUCGUGGUUAUCAUAUGUAUUGUUUAUCGCCACCUUUGGUUACACCACCGGAGGGUUCUUGGAGUUGUAAGUUGUGUUUGGAGGAAUUUCAUAAAGGCGAUAAUAAUUAGUAUAUUAACACGAAACCAGCAUAAAGUAAAUUAUGAAAUGAUAUUCAUUUUUAAUUUAAAACAUUUAUUUUAUGUUUUUUUUUAAAUUUUUAAUUUUGGUCUUUUGUACACUUAUUUUAAGUUUUAAUACGUAAGUUUAAAGAACCGCCUAUGUGUUUUGAGUGAGUUUUUCCAUGG